UCAGAGUCAACACACGAAAAAAUGUAUUGGCUAUUGACGUCAUACAUGAGACGGCACGGAUCACUUUGAGCAAACUUACGGAACUUGGCGGCAUGAAGGUCCGCUCGUACAUUCCUCUGGACAGUGAUACCACUACUGGUGUCAUCAACGACCGGGACGUCUCCAUCUCCAGCGCUGACUUGCCGAUUUUAAUUAAGCCAGCCGUUGAUGGCUGCGCCAUCACUCAUGUGUCUCGACUCGGCACGUCCAGCUGUGUGAAGGUGGUUUUCAAGGGCGAAUCUCUUCCCUCACACGUCAAGGUGGGCCACUUUAGACAACCCGUGCGUCCAUUUAUCCAAAGACCACUCCAAUGCCGCAACUGCCUGAGGCUGGGACACGUGAGCGCUGUGUGCGAGAGCACGAGAGUUUGCUCGCGCUGCGCACAGCCCCACAGCUGCAGACUCCUGUGUAGCCACGGUUCUCAAAUGCCACAAUUGCAUUGGGUCCCAUGAUGCUACCUCAAAGGACUGCCCUAAAAUGAGGAAAGAAAGGGCGGUCUUGAAGCAGAUGGCAAGAGACCGUUCGUCUCGUUGGGAAGCUGUUGCGGCCAUUAGAAAGCGACGCUCCCGACGUUGUCGGAUUUCAAAGAACGAAGAUUCCUCUAUGAAUAGCGCGGCACAUCCGACAACUCCUCCUCCUCUGCCCCCUAGGCCUGGCGGAGUCGAGUCUAACUCUGACAAGGUCGUGCCGGAGAACACCAAUACUGAAGCCUGGCCCGUGCUACCAAAGCUACAGCCGCCGCCACAGCAGAAGCCACAACCGAAGCCACAGCGAAUACCCCAGCUGAAGCCACAGCCAUGGCCACAGCCGAUGCCACAGCGGAUGCCACAGCCGACGCCACAGCCGACGCCACAGUUGAAGCCACAGUUGAAGCCACAGCCGAGGCCACAGCUGGAGCCACAGCUGGAGUGACAGCCGAUGCCACAGCCGGCACCACAGUCACAUCAAAGGAUACAGUGCACCGC